UUUUCUCAGAUGGUGAAACUGAGGUUCAGAGAGGCCAAGCGCCGUACCCAAAGGUCACUCAGCGGGAGAGCUGGCAGGAAACCUCGCGUCUGCCGGUGCCGGCGCCGCCCCCGCCCCUCCCCGGAGCCCGGCGGCCGCGCGUGUCCGCGGCCCUGCGAGGGCUCCCCGGCUCCGGACAGCCCAGGGCGGCCGGGGGAGGAGCGCGCUGCGACGGCCGUGGCGAAAGUGCGGUUGUGGAUGCGCGGAGAGGCCGGCAGCGGUGGCAGCGGCAGCGGAGGAGGAAGCUGAGCAGGGCGGCGGCGGCGGUGGAACCUGCGGGGCUGGGGCGCGCGCCAUGGGCCGCCUGCACUGCACUGAGGACCCGGUGCCGGAGGCCGUGGGCGGCGACAUGCAGCAGCUGAACCAGCUGGGCGCGCAGCAGUUCUCAGCCCUGACAGAGGUGCUUUUCCACUUCCUAACUGAGCCAAAAGAGGUGGAAAGGUUUCUGGCUCAGCUCUCUGAAUUUGCCACCACCAAUCAGAUCAGUCUUGGCUCCCUCAGAAGCAUCGUGAAAAGCCUCCUUCUGGUUCCAAAUGGUGCUUUGAAGAAGAGUCUCACAGCCAAGCAGGUCCAGGCAGAUUUCAUAACUCUGGGUCUUAGUGAGGAGAAAGCCACUUACUUUUCUGAAAAGUGGAAGCAGAAUGCUCCCACCCUUGCUCGAUGGGCCAUAGGUCAGACUCUGAUGAUUAACCAGCUCAUAGAUAUGGAGUGGAAAUUUGGAGUGACAUCUGGGAGCAGCGAAUUGGAGAAAGUGGGAAGUAUAUUUUUACAACUAAAGUUGGUGGUUAAGAAAGGAAAUCAAACCGAAAAUGUGUAUAUAGGUGAGUCUGAAUUCCCACUUGAGCCUCUUCACCUUUUUUGUGUUCUCUGCAGUCAGGGGCUGGUGGCGCUCACCACAAAUCAUGUCUCCUAUAAAAACAGUCAUCACCAGCUGUGGAGUAGCUGUUCCACUGCCUUUCCUCUCCUGAAAGAUGGCACAAGGAGUGUUAGAAAGCCAUUGGCAGGUUGGAGCCCCCACAGUUGAAGAGCCGUUUUGAAAAAGGGAAAGGGUGGGAACGGAAUGGCUGGGAUUGAAGAAGAAGGUUGACGAGCAAGAAGCUCUUGCCAUAGAAGUCACAUUGAACAUCCCGAAUGAUACCCUUUCAUCUCUUUGUGCCAUGGAGCUGUGCCAUUUGAACACUCACUCCCCUCUUUUUUUCCUUUGGAGCAGAGAACCUUCUGCAUUCAAGUCUCUCAGUUAUUAUGAUCAAUUACCCAUCAAGAGCUGCUUAGAUAUAUUAAGCCAAAAAAGAAAAAAAAAAUCCUCUGGGUGGAAAUUAAUUUUCUUGGAUGAUUCUGUGGAGUUGGAAACAUUUAUCUGAAGCUGAAUUUUCUCUCCCCAGAAUUAACCUUGCCUCAGUUCUACAGCUUCCUGCACGAGAUGGAGCGAGUCAGAACCAGCAUGGAGUGUUUCUGCUGAUUUCUGUCCCUGCAUCUCCCCUGGCCCCGUUCCCUGCCCUCCUCCCUUCCCUGGGUGACUGCUCUGAGAGGCACUUCACUCACAGGCCUGUGGGAUGCUCCAUGGGGCCCAGGUGCAAAGGGUUUCUGAAAAACAGCAGGAUUAAGUACUGAAAGAGCCCAACACAAUUACCCUGUAAACUCUCUGUUAGGGCAACCACCACCACCUGUCUUCCAGGACACAUUUUAGAUACUCUGACAGGCCACUGCAUCUCGGAUUCAGGGGAGAAAAUAAGUUGUCACCUCCCCUUCAAAGUUCCAGAGUAAAGAAAUGGUGCCAUCAUUCAAGAUAACAUGCUGAUCACCCUCCUCCCAAAAAGCAAGAGCUUGUUUAUGGCUGAGGAAUCGGCGGAUUGUCUGAAUGACACAUGUACAGAGCUCCCACGGAUUUCUGCACACUCUGGGUCUGUGCUGGUGGAACAUCGCCAAUCAGUUCUUAAUGAGGCACCUGUGUGUAAAUACAUGCUUGGUCUUCUCUGCAGAGAACUGAGGCUAAACUCUGUCCCUACUUCUGGUUUUGCCCUGUCAUGUCGUAAUGAGGCGGGCCUUUUGAGGCCAUUUUAGUUUGAGUUAGAGCCAACCACCUCUGUUGGUUAGAUGAUGAAUAAAAGGUUCUGAAGAAAA